GCACAGAGGCAAUUUUAAAACUUUAACGCAUCAUCCAUGGUUCCGGUGCCUCGCACGGGUUUAAGCUAGUGCUUUUGAGCGGUGAAUGGUGGUCCUUCCCCGCCGGCGGCAUCAGUCUCAAGCAUGACAGGAGCGACUAGGCUUGGGAGAUGAAAGAGAUGCUUAGCAAGCCUCCCAUGGAGCUCGAUCUCGACUCCUUUCUCCGGUCUCGGAGCACCCUCGAUAACGACUACGACGACGACGACGACCUCAGCAGUAUUCCUCAUAGAACCGUCGACGACAUUCUCAAUGAUUCUGAUUCUUCCUCCUCCUCCUCCUCCUCCUCCUCAACCCCGCUGAAUUAUUCCUACCUGCGCCAUCAACGCCCCUCGGAUCACGUCGUUUUGGAGGUCAAAUCAAACUCCCUCCCCAAAGAAGAGAAUCCUUCUCGUGACGACGACGUCUCGGUGUCUACCUCUACACUUGUAUCUGAUUCUCGAGUUGAAGGAACCCUAAAUUCUGCAAAUAAUUCGAAUGUUGAUGAAAUUUCUGUUCUUCAGUCGAAGACUAGUUCGUUUAGUCGGGUAAAGUCAGGCGAAUCUUCGGGUAAUUCUUUUUAUUUGGGCCAGAGAUUUGGUCGCCCGUUGCCACCGUUGUUCGGUGGCGUUAGAUCGAAUGCCAAUAAGCCAGGAGCUGCGCUUGCUGCUGCCGCAGCAGCUUCGCGUUCCAUUCCGACUCCUCAUGCUGUCGCCAUUAAGUCGAGGAGAGCGGGUGGUGGGACUCUGCAGAAGGUCUUGCAUACUGAAGAGUUGGGUUCCGUGGUUAGUGAUGAUUCCGAGAUUGUUUCCGAUAGCGUUAUCAAUGUGGACGGAUUAGGACCCUCGAAUGAUGCGUCAAAUGGUAUUAGUUUUGACAUUGCUCAUCCAGAUGAGGAGGUUGUAGAAGAAAAUGAAAAAACAGAAACUUUUCAAUCCAUAGAUAUCCAAAGGAUGGAGAGAGCAGAUGAUAGUGGCAGGUUAUUGGAAGGAGAUGAGUUUGCUGAGAGUAUGACUGAGGGCAGCCAAGGUUUGCAUGUCAAAGUUAUGCCAGCGGCAGCAGUACUGGAAUUACCAGUGGAUGAAUUAAAUGUUAAUGAUUCCCAUGAAGUUUUAUCCACUUCGAAUUCAAAUAUUGUACCACAGCUUAGUUCUUCUAUAAAUCUCGAGGAAGACUUGAAUGGGGAUGAGGAUUCGGCAGUUUCAGGUCAUAAGGAUGUUAAAAUUCAGCAUGCUCAAUCUUCAUCACUGGAAAAUGAUUUUAUGGCUGACAGCAAUUGUACUAGUUUGGAUGCCAACAAUUUCAUUGAAAAUGGCUCUACUUCUUCCCCUAGGUCCGAAGACAGAAAAAUUGAGGUCCUUUCUCACUCUAAUUAUGAAGAGGGGGGACUUCCUGGAGAUGAAAGCAGUCCCAGAAAUGCCGUCACGGAGCUUGUUGAAGACAUUCUUGUUCAAUGGGAAAACAAGAGGGAUAGUAAAAGGAUGGGAAAGAAGACGCGCCCUUCCAUGAAGCCACUUGAGUUAGCUGAAGAACUUGAAAAGAAACAGGCUUCUACUGGUUUGCAUUGGGAAGAGGGUGCUGCUGCUCAGCCAAUGAGGCUUGAAGGUGUUCGAAGGGGCUCAACUGUGUUAGGAUACUUUGAUAUUGAUGCCAACAACACUAUGACACGGACCAUUUCAUCACAGGCAUUCAAGCGUGAUCAUGGGUCUCCACAAGUCCUGGCAGCUCACCCCAACUUUAUUGCAGUGGGGAUGUCAAAGGGGGUCAUUGUUAUUGUUCCCAGUAGAUAUUCUCCUCAUAAUGCUGACAAUAUGGAUUCAAAGAUGUUCGUGCUUGGUUUGCAAGGGGAUCAGUCUCAUUCCCCAGUAACUUCGCUGUGCUUCAAUCAGCAAGGGGACUUGCUUUUAGCUGGAUAUGGUGAUGGUCAUAUUACAGUCUGGGACAUACAGCGCACAACAGCAGCGAAGGUCAUUACUGGAGAGCAUUCAGCACCAGUAGUGCAUACAUUGUUUCUGGGACAGGAUUCUCAAGUCACUCGUCAAUUCAAAGCUGUUACUGGUGACAGUAAGGGUCUAGUUCUGUUGCAUGCAUUCUCUGUGGUUCCCUUGCUUAAUAGGUUUUCUAAUAAAACACAGUGUCUUCUUGAUGGCCAAAGAACGGGUAUAGUACUAUCUGCCUCACCACUUCUUUUUGAUGAGUUUUCUGGAGGUGGUUUGAUGUCAUCCCAGGGAAACACUACAGUGUCAACAAGUAGUCUUGGUAGCAUGAUGGGAGGUGUUGUUGGAGGAGAUACUGGUUGGAAACUCUUCAGUGAAGGCUCUCCUUUGGUUGAAGAAGGUGUGGUCAUAUUUGUCACCCAUCAAACUGCACUGGUGGUUAGGCUUACCCCAACUUUGGAAGUCUAUGCACAAAUUUCUAAACCGGAUGGGGUUCGAGAAGGUUCCAUGCCAUACACUGCUUGGAAAUGUGUGUUGCAAGCUCGUGGUUCUUCCACUGAGAAUACUCAUGUAGAACCAUCAGAAAAAGUUUCAUUGCUUGCAAUAGCAUGGGAUCGCAAAGUUCAGGUCGCAAAGUUGGUCAAAUCAGAGCUGAAAAUAUAUGGGAAAUGGACCCUUGAGAGUACGGCCAUUGCUGUAGCAUGGCUGGAUGAUCAGAUGUUGGUGGUUCUCACAUUGGCAGGACACCUCUGUUUGUUUGCAAAAGAUGGAACCAUGAUUCACCAAACAAGUUUUACUGUAGAUGGAUCUGGGAGAGAUGAUCUGGCUGCUUAUCAUACCAACUUUCUCAAUAUCUUUGGAAACCCAGAGAAGGCCUAUCACAAUUCUGUAGCUGUAAGAGGAGCUUCUAUAUAUUUACUUGGGCCUACACGUCUUAUUGUUUCCCGCCUUCUUCCAUGGAAGGAGCGGAUUCAGGUUUUGCGAAAAGCCGGUGACUGGAUGGGUGCUUUGAGCAUGGCCAUGACAAUAUAUGAUGGCCAAGCCCAUGGUGUUAUUGACCUUCCAAGAACUCUGGAUGCUGUACACGAGGCAAUAAUGCCCUACCUGGUAGAGUUGCUUUUGUCUUAUGUAGAUGAAGUGUUUUCUUACAUUUCAGUGGCUUUUUGCAACCAAAUGGGAAAAAUGGAACAACUGGAUGACCCAAAGAGUAGUAGUUCAGUGCACUGUGAGAUAAAGGAACAAUUCACCCGUGUUGGGGGUGUUGCUGUUGAAUUCUGUGUGCAUAUCAAGAGGACUGACAUCCUCUUUGAUGAAAUUUUCUCCAAAUUUGUGGCUGUUAACCAUAGAGACACAUUUUUGGAGCUUUUGGAGCCAUAUAUAUUGAAGGACAUGCUUGGUUCACUCCCUCCUGAGAUUAUGCAAGCAUUGGUGGAGCAUUAUAGCAGCAAAGGUUGGUUGCAGCGAGUUGAGCAAUGUGUUCUUCAUAUGGACAUUUCUUCUUUGGAUUUCAAUCAGGUUGUCAAGUUAUGUCGAGAGCAUGGGCUUUAUGGUGCUCUGGUGUAUCUUUUCAAUAGAGGUUUAGAUGAUUUCAGGGCACCUUUAGAGGAGCUAUUGACUGUUUUAUGCAAUAGCGAAAGGGAAAGUGCUGCUCCUCUUGGGUACAGAAUGCUUGUUUAUUUGAAGUACUGCUUUUCUGGUCUUGCAUUUCCUCCAGGACAUGGAAGUCUUCCUCCUACACGCUUGCUUUCUCUUAGAGUUGAGCUGGUUCAAUUUUUACUGGAGGACUCUAACAUCGAGAACACCGGAGCAAUUACUGGCUUAUCAUCUACUGGAGCAGAUAGAAACCUGUAUUAUCUUUUAGAGUUAGAUACUGAAGCUACGUUAGAUGUUUUACGAUGUGCUUUUGUGGAAGACGAAAUCUCAAAACCUGGCCUUUUGUUGCCUGAUUCAGCUGACGAAACCAUAGAGGCUGAUAAAGAAAAUGAUUCCAUGGCUAAAAGUCAGAAUUUGUUGGUCCAAAGUACAGUUGAUGCUCUUGUUCAUAUUCUUAAUAAGGCCAUUUCCCAAGUAGAGGGGUCUGCUGCUGGUGACAAUAUUGUGUCAGUGGAGUCAUGGCCUUCAAAGGAGGACAUUGGUCAUCUGUUUGAUUUCAUAGCAUACUAUGUUGCAUGUGAAAGAGCCUGUGUCUCAAAAACUAUAUUGAGUCAGAUUUUGGAGUACUUGACAUCAUCAAGUGCUUCUGCUCAGAAUAUUGAGAUCUCAAAAAAGAGGGAGAAGCAGAUGCUCGCCCUUUUAGAAGUUGUGCCUGCGACAGACUGGAAUGAAUCCUAUGUAUUGCAUCUAUGUGAGAAAGCAAAGUUUUACCAGGUUUGCGGUUUGAUUCACACCUUCAGACAACAGUACCUUGCUGCUCUUAAUAGCUAUAAGAAAGAUGUGGAUGAACCCAUUCAUGCCUUUGCCUUUAUCAACAACACAUUACUACAGCUAAGUGAUGCCGAAUCUGCUGCUUUUCGAUCGGCAGUCAUCUCUCAAAUUCCAGAGCUGGUUAACUUAAGCAGGGAGGGCACAUUUUUUAUGGUCAUUGACCAUUUCUAUAAAGAAAGCCCACAGAUCCUGGCUGAGCUUCGCUCUAGUCCACAAAGCCUUUUCCUUUAUUUGAAGACACUUAUUGAGGUUUACUUAUCUGGCUCCCUCAGUUUUUCUUGUUUUAAGAAAGGUACUGUUGUUGAUGUUUCCAAUGAAAGAAGGAUGAAGGGUCAGUUAAAUGGUUUUGAGGCUUACAUGAGAAGGAUUGCCGAUUUUCCAAAGAUCUUACGAAAUAAUCCUGUUUAUGUAACUGAUGAAAUGGUUGAACUUUAUCUUGAGCUAUUAUGCCAGUAUGAGCACAAUUCAGUUCUCAAAUUUUUACAGACCUUUGAGAGCUAUCGGGUUGAACACUGUUUACGACUUUGCCAGGAAUAUGGGAUCAUAGAUGCAGCUGCAUUCUUAUUAGAAAGGGUUGGGGAUGUGGGUAGUGCUCUUGUACUUACUCUGUCCAGCCUGAAUGAUAAAUUUGUUGUGCUUGAUACUGCUGUUGGAAGUAUAGGAUCUGAUGUGGCUUUUAGUUGCCGUACUGGCAUGGAGCAUUUUAAUACUGUUUUAAGGAUGAAGGAGGUGAAUGACAUACGUGAAAUAUUGCAUGCCUGUAUUGGACUCUGCCAACGGAACACUCCUCGAUUGGAUCCUGAAGAGUCAGAGUUUCUGUGGUUUCAGUUGCUUGACUCGUUCUGUGAACCUUUGAUGGAUUCUUAUAAUGAUAAAAGUAUCUCUAAAGGAGAGAAAUCAUCAGAAAGACAAGAGGGUGAAGAGGUGUGUCCUAUGAAGUGGAGAAUUUCCAAGUCUCACAGAGCUGCUAACGUUUUGAGGAGAUUAUUUUCUCAACUGAUUAAAGAGAUUGUUGAGGGAAUGAUAGGAUAUGUGCACCUUCCAGCAAUCAUGUCAAAACUCCUCUCUGAUAAUGGUGGCCAGGAAUUUGGGGAUUUUAAACUUACUAUAUUGGGAAUGCUGGGAACAUAUGGCUUUGAAAGAAGAAUUCUGGACACUGCUAAAUCCUUGAUAGAGGAUGAUACAUUCUAUACCAUAAUCUUGCUCAAGAAGGGUGCAUCUCAUGGGUAUGCACCCCGGAAUAUGCUAUGUUGUAUAUGUAAUUGCUUUCUUAGCAAGAACUCUUCUAGUUCUAGGAUUCGAGUUUUCAGCUGUGGUCAUGUUACUCAUGUCCAAUGUGAACUUCAAGAAAAUGAGGCAUCGAAUAGAGGCUCCUCCGCUGGAUGCCCUGUUUGUAUGCCUAAGAAGAAAACUCACAGACCAAAAAGCAAAUCGGUCCUUGCAGAGAAUGGUUUGGUUAACAAAUCUUCAGCAAGAGCUCAACAAGCACAAGGGACCAUUGCUCUACAUCCAUUUGAAAGUGAUGUGCUGGAGAAUCACCAUGGGCAUCCACAAAUCUCGCGGUUUGAGAUCUUGACUAAUCUACAUAAAGACCGAAGAUUAUUUCAAAUAGAGAACAUUCCUCAGUUAAGGCUUGCUCCACCGGCUGUUUAUCAUGAAAAGGUGAAGAAAGGAACUGAUUUUUUUACAGGAGAGAGUAGCAGUGGUCCUGCAACAGUAGAUAAACCGAGCAGAAAUAAGCAACUCAGGGACCUAAAAGUUAAGGGAUCGGCAAUUCGAUUUCCUCUGAAGUCGAGUAUAUUUGGCAAGGAGAAGAGCAGCAAGCACUGAUUCAGAUCUAAUAGAAAAAAUAUUGAAAAUGAUUCAAGCCAGGUCUUAAGAAGCAAAAAAGGUGUUUAAAAAAAUAUUUUGUGAAAGUUGAGGGAUGAUCCUUUUAUCAAAAUCAUGCUGGCCGAGGCUGCAACUACCGAGUCCCUUUUUUUUUUUUUUUUUUUUUGUCAAAUGUAAAUUAUGUUUAUAACGACGAGUGUUGCGGGUGCUUUGUAAAUUAGAGAAAUAUUCAUAUGUUAACAGGAAAAUACUGUUCCUUAUUGUGAAAUUGAGGUGAAUGUCUCCUUGUGUACAGUCAUAGUAUAAACAAUAUCCCUUGUUACUUAUAUGAUUCAUGGGAAAUUAUGUUUUCAUUGCAA